AGUGUGUUGUGUUCGUCCCCGUCGUAUUGAAAUUAUUCGGUUAUCCUUUUAUUCGUCGCGAGUUUAGUUGCAUUGCUCGAGAAAGGUGUACCUUGUGCGAAAACGUGGGCGUUCAUCGAAUGACCAUGAAGUGAGAGCAUCGAGUUUUCUUCAGGGAUGAACUCCUGACGCCAGGGCAACGUCUGUCACCAUGAUGGAACCGCCAGUUACGAGCAAGGUCCUGCGGGCUCCUAACCUGAAGAGAGGUCAGGAGAACGUGCGGAUUCAGGACAGGAUCAAGCUGGAACGCGUGCUCGGCGUAACCGUGUCGAGCAAUGCAGCCCUGGACUGCGACGCGACCAGCGAGCUGGUCGCCUAUCCUGCCGGCUGCACCGUGGUGUUGUUCAAUCCUCGGAAGAACACCCAGGCCCACGUGUUGAACGCUUGUCGCAAGACGGUCACCUCUCUGGCCCUAGCCGGCGAUGGAAGGUUUCUGGCGACCGGAGAGUGCGGCCAUAUGCCCAACGUUCGCGUCUGGGACAUCUCCGAUCCGUACAACGCCGUGCAGAUCGCGGAGUUCUCCGGGCACAAGUAUGGCAUCAACUGCGUGGCAUUUUCACCGAGCAACAAGUACGUGGUAUCCGUGGGCUCUCAACACGAUAUGAUCGUCAACGUCUGGGACUGGAGGAACAAUGUUAAAGUGGCGUCGAACAAAGUCUCGAGCAAAGUGAAGGCCGUCUGCUUUGCGGAAAAUGGCAAUUACUUCGUUACCGUGGGCAACAGACACGUCAAGUUUUGGUAUCUCGAGUAUUCGCGCAGUGCCAAGUAUAAGGAACCUGUGCCUCUGAUGGGUCGGUCUGCCAUAUUAGGAGAGCAGAGAAACAACGAUUUCGUGGACGUAGCCUGCGGCCGAGGGGAAAUGGCAGAUUCCACGUACGCGAUCACCAAAACGGGUCUUCUAUGCGAAUUUAAUAACCGGCGACUGUUGGAUAAAUGGGUGGAGCUUCGCACGAGCAGUGCCAAUUGCAUGGCCGUCGGUGACAAAUACAUUUUCAUCGGUUGCGCCGAGGGAAUCGUGAGAUGCUUCAGUCCUAGCACGCUUCAGUUCAUCACCACCUUACCGAGAACGCAUUACCUGGGCGUGGACGUGGCUCAGGGAUUGUCCAUUAGCCACAUGUCUCAGCAUCCGACGAACGCCAGGUAUCCGGACGCGAUCGCGCUGGCGUUCGACGAACGGAACAACAAGCUUACCUGUGUCUACAACGAUCACAGCAUCUACGUGUGGGACGUGCGGGACAUCAGGCGGGUGGGCAAGUCGCACUCGUUCCUCUACCACUCGGCGUGUAUCUGGGGCGUGGAGAUGUACCCCACGGGGUCGGAUUCCUUGUGCGCCAUGCCGACUGGUAGCUUCAUUACCUGCUCCAGCGACGACACCAUCCGCGUGUGGAACCUCGAGAAGGACAUUUCACCCAACGACACGCUCUACAAACGAAACAUCUACAGCAACGAACUGUUGAAGGUUCUCUACAUAGAUCCGGAAUUGACUUACCUGAAGGAUCUGGAUCUGGCCGCUGCCGGAUCGACGGAGAAAAGCGACGCCUCGUACGACGGCCGAAACGGCGUCAGAUCGAUCCGAGUUAGCCCGGAUGGGAAACAUUUGGCAUCCGGCGACAGGUCCGGAAAUAUUCGAAUCCACGAUCUCUCCUCGCUCGAGGAAUUAUGCUUGAUCGAGGCGCACGACGCGGAAGUGCUGUGUCUGGAGUACUCCAAGUUCUCCCGCUACUCGGCGGAGGCUCCCAGGUUGCUGGCUAGCGCCUCUAGGGACAGACUGAUCCACGUGUUCAGCGUCGAUCAAGGGUACAACUUCCUGCAAACGCUCGACGAUCACAGCUCUUCCAUUACUGCCGUCAGAUUUUUCAAUCAGACCAAUCAGGGUAACCAGAUCCAAAUGGUGUCCUGCGGUGCCGAUAAAAGUAUUAUUUUUAGACAACUGCAAUCGACACCAGGAGGUAUGCCGCAAUUCGCCAGGGGUCACAACGCUCAAGGAAAGACGACUCUGUACGACAUGGAGGUCGAUUCCGGGCAGAAACACGUUUUAACCGCCUGUCAAGAUAGGAAUAUAAGGGUAUACAACGUAACAACGGGCAAACACAACAAAACGUUCAAGGGAUCCGUCGGCGAAGAUGGAUCGCUCAUCAAAGUCGUUCUAGACGCAUCGGGAAUCUACGUAGCUACCUCGUGUACAGAUAAGACGCUGUGCGUGUACGAUUACUAUAGCGGUGAAUGUAUGGCCACCAUGCUCGGUCAUUCGGAAUUGGUGACGGGGCUGCGUUUCAGUCCCGACUGUCGCAACCUCGUGUCCGCUAGCGGGGACGGUUGUAUAUUCGUCUGGCGUGUUCCACACGACAUGGUUGUCACUAUGCAGGCACGUCUCGCUCAGCAAGCGAUGCGAGCUGGAAAGAGGCCACCGCAAGUGAACGGGACGGGGAUCGACAUACAACUGGACAACGAGACCUUCGGAUCGCCACCGCCGGAAUUCCUAGAUCCAAACGCCAACCCAACCUCGCAGAACGUCAGCGUGGAUUACAGGUUCAGCGUGGGCCAGUUGCCCCUCUGGGCCAAGAAGCAGAUAAACACGACGAACGUGGACGAAAGCUCGGUGCUUGGUUCCAACGUCAGACCCCUCGGCGUAGACUUGCCGAAAGGCAGGUGGGCGCAAAGGGUUCAACAAGGGGAUGGUAUAACGGUCAAGUCCGUUUACGAUAGCGACGAAGUUAUACCUUUCCCACCGCCCCGCGGCGCGAUCGAUUCAGACGGGGGCGGUGGUGGCGGCGGCUCGAAAGACAGCUCGAUCGACAGCGGAACCGAGACCAAGUGCAGCAGCGAUUAUCGCAGGGAAACGAUAAUCAUCAAAAGGGAAGAGGACGAAACUGUAUUUCAACCUUGCCCAGAUAGUUACAGAGAAUUAGCAGAUGACACGAAACAGGUGAUCGGUGGUAACGUGACUGUAACUAGAGGUAGCAAUAUCACGGAAUUGACACGACAGUCAAGGAGUCGUCAUCAUACCGACGAUAGCAGUCUUGGCAGCUUUAAAUUUGAGGAUCACGAGAGUACCGAGCACGACGGAGACGUGGAGGAUUAUUCCGAAGGAGAGAAUGGAACGACUGGUUCGGAAAAGUCCCAUCACAGGUUGAUGUACUACCCUGCGCCAGAAGACACGAUAUCGAAUCAAUUUACCGUAAACGCGAUGGACGUGGAGGAGCUUCGAAGAUCCCAGAGGAGACAGAAGAAACCUAGGAACGGGGAAAGUGGUCGAACGAGCGAAUUAACCGCUUCCGGUAGUCAGGACGACUCGGAUUCGGAGGGUGGCGCAUCUACACCCAGUGCCGAACGAAAUCCUCUGUCCAUGCUGUCGGAAGCUAGCUCGGAGGGAUUCGAUCAACUAGCCAAACAGAGCCACCGCGAAAAGUACCUUAAAAACGCUUUCGAAUCUCUUAGCGGUGCCGAAGAACCCACGAAUAGAAACGUAAAGACGACUAGUAUCAGUUCCCAGUUUCAUGGAAGGCUUAGCGGAGGCGAUAAUGGAAGUAGUACUAAGAUUCGCAAUGCUGCGGUAGUGAAUGCAACGAAACAAACGAGAGGUGAUGCAGAUACUAUAAAGAAACGCGAGGAAUUGCAAAGGAGAAUAGAGGAAACUAGAAGAAAAUUGCAAAGUGUUGGCUAUAAGUCGUCGUUGAAAACCAGCCAAAGCAUAUCUGAUUUGAGCAGCCAUAUACCGGAGAAACAUCAUCGUUCGAAUAGAUUGAGCACAGGUAACAAAUCUGGUCUGCAAACUCAAUACUCGAAACCGAUUAAUCCUUGUAAACCUAUACCGAACCCAAAGCCUCCAUUAAAACCUCAACAACUCGUUAACAAAAUAUCGGGUGUGGGUAAUGCGCUACCUAAGCUAGAUAUUCCAUCUGAGAACUGCUUAUCCAAAAGUCCGACUACGUCGUGCAUAAGUGACAAGACAAAACCAUCUCUUAGUCGACCGUUAACGUUAACCUUAAAGAAAACUGAAAAGUAUAAGCUAUCGCUGAAUAAACCGAAUCAGUCUUUGCCCGAGUCGCCCGUCUGCGAGGAGCUAAAGCUCUUGAAAGAACAGUGUAAAAAGAAUGUUAGUCGAUUCGCGAGGUUCGCGCAGAAGAGAAGAUCGUGCAGCUACUUUAUCGGACUGGACGACAACGAGGAGGAUAUGGAAAACAUAGCCAAGUCUUUCGAAAGUUUACCCGCGAUGAACGAGCUGAAUAUCGAGAACUUGAACGACGCUCUGGACGAUGGGGACGAAGGGAACGGGAACUUCAGCGACGACUCUCUGGAAGGAGACUUUAAGAAUCCUCCUCGACGAUGCGUCAGCGACUAUCAAAUAAACAUGCACAUAGACCAUCAGCAAAGUUCCCAGAGAAAUUAUUCCACGUAUCAGAAUUUCCCGAAACGUAUCCUAACCGGAUCCCAAGAGAGUAUCUUAUCGGAUGCUUCGAUCGAGUCUUUCUCGAAAGGAAGCGCCGAGAUUUUAGACUACAGUCACUAUGACAACGAUAGGCAUUCCAGCGCGAGCUUCUUCCUGUCCCGACGAAAGAUACAAGCUGGCCGAAGCCAUGAGAGCAUUCUGACGGACGAAUCCGAUUAUCAAAUGUUUCCACUGCAUGAAAAUAUCGACCACCGAAGCACGGAAAGCGUGUUGACCGACGACUCGGAUUCCUUGGUAAAAUCUGCUCCGUUGGAGAUGCUGUUCGAUUCCCAUUACAAACGAAAGAGACAAAACUCGGAAACGUAUAGCGGUAAUCCUAACAACGUAAUAGAGCAAUCGAAUAAUGCGGAAAAUAACGCGAACGACUUGACGUCUUGUCGAGCUGUGUUCAGAUCGAAAUCCCUUCAAGACACUCGAAUAAGUAAGGUGAGAAACGAGAGCAACUAUUCGGAAGAAAACGCGCAACCAUCGACGUGCAUCUAUUACGAAUUCAACUUCAACGAUCAAAAUGAUACAAACGUCGAGAUGAGAAUCGGAACUAAAUCGGACGCUAUUUCGCGAAGCAACAGCUUGAAAGUCCCUAAAGAACCGCAUUCGAUGUUGAUUCUGAAUGACUUCGUGGCACACAAACCGCCAAAGCCUAAACGAAAUUCCGCUCGGACGCAGAGUAUGCGGAACAGGGCACGUCCUGCGUGGAACAAAUACGUAGACUCGUCGCCUCAGUCUUCCCGCGUUAUGUCCACGGACUCCGACGACUACGCGAACAAAUCUCAUGCUGAAGAUCGAUCAGCGAGAAGCGACACCGACGUAAAACCCGAUGGAACCGAAACUUUGCAUACUUCCAAACGAAUCGAGCAGUUGCUACAAUCGCCCAACUAUUCUUUGCAAUCCAACGAAGACAAAGACUCGAAGACCAAGUUUUACAGCCUGCAGACUCGUCGACCCGACAAAGGUGCCAUGUAUGAUGCUUUCGAUACAAGCGAUUCGUCGCGUCAGACAAAGAGCUAUCAAACGCACGAUAUAGAAGGGGAUCAAAUAGACUCUUCCCGCGCAGAGAGAGAUCGACACUGUUGCUUCGAGAAUCAAAUACCAACAAAAGACACGCAGGAAACCUACGACUCUCUGGAACCUGGCGGUGGUACCUCCUGCGACUUGCAAACGACAGGGAUGCAAAAUGUAUCAAACUUACUGAUGACGAACGAACGCAUCGACAAUUUGGACGCAAGCGUCGAUCUCAGGAUCACACGAGCUAUCGAGGGCACCGUGAAAUUACUUUCUAAAGAAUUCGAGAACUUGGUUAGGAGAGAACAGUACUUUAUGAAGGAGAAAUGUUUGCGAAUGUCGCAUUGUCAGGAAACGAACGAGAAUUUUGCCAAAUUGGAGGCGGAGAGAGACGGUAGAUUCUGUCCCCUGAGACGCGACAUAAGAUUCAAUUCCGGGGGCGAAGAUAGCGAUUGCGCAGACACAUCUGCCAUGGACAAAUCGGUGAUGGAGAGCGGUUCCUCGACGUCAGCCUCGAGCUGUACCAACUCACCGAAGAGAAUGUGGCCGCCUGCCUCGCGUUGCCAGAGUCACAUGAAAUGGACUAAAACCUUGCCCACCAUUAAUCAAGCUAUAUUACCAACCAAGCAUCUUUACACAGUUUCAGGAAAAGUAGGUAAUAAGAACGUGAACGCUUCAGCGAGAAGUGGACUAGGAAGUGCAAAUAGCGGGAAUCAGUCGCGGCACGCUUCGACGAAGAAUCAUUCUUCUCACAUGACAAGAAGCAGCAGCGUUGGCGUUUUAAAUCAGAGCGAUUCCGAAUCAGACGUUGGAGCAGGGAACAACAGGGGAUGGAACAAUCAAGCGGGAAGUAACAGAAUCAGUGGAUUAAUGAGACCAACAAUCAGUUCACAAAAUAAAAUUAAUCACCAAAUAAAGUCAACCUCCUCUUCUAAUAGCAAUUUGCAUUCGGUCCUAAGAAGGAGAGGCAUGCAGGGAGCAUAUUCAAGUGUAAAUCUAAGUCAAGUGGGAAAUCAAGAAGAUUCAAGCUCGGAAGAUACCUCUUCUAACGGAAACGGUGGAAAACCAGCGCUUCCUCCAAGGCCUCGAAGUAUCAGUAUUGACCAUUCUGCUGCAAAUUUAAGUUUACCCGGUACUACAGUGAGAAGAUCGGGAUCAACGACAAUUAUAACUAAUGGUCGCAAUGGCAAUAGCACGAUAGGACAGAAUGCAAGCAGAAUGUCGACAGCCAAUCGUAACCAGUUGGAUCCAAGCCCUCAGGAGCUUCCAGUUAAAGAUACCGAUCGUGCCAUCGAUGUAGCCAGUGCUGAAUUGUCGACGCAACUGUGCAAUACGAUCGCAGACGAAUUAACACGAACAGCAGACAAUGUCGUGCAACUGUACAAACGUUUAACGAUAGAUAACGAAGAUGAUCCGUCUCGAGUGAGCAUUGAUAGGGACACGAUGCUGCGUGGCCUUGAAUCAUCCGUAAACGAAACGAUGCGCACGUUGCGAUUAGUCGUUUCAGGUGAUAGCCAUGACGGCUCGGGAAACACGGAAAAUGUUACAAUAAAUGAGACGAUCGCGAAAUUCCAAGAACUGCUUGCCGGGCAAGACCAAGGAAAGAUCGUUAACGUGAUGCAACAAUACUCCGAGUUGCUCCUGAACAUGAUGCAACAGAGAAUGGGAGGAACACAAUCGAGCCAUACGUAAAAUCCGUCCAUUCGCUAGUUCUCCGAGGAGCAAACGAACGAUCAGGACACCUAGCUACGCACGGUGCCCAGGUACCGUACGCACCAGUAUAAAAGCUGCACCUCUCAAUCUCUGUAAUACCCCUUCCUAGAAGUGUAUCGGAACAUGUAGUUAUUUGAGGAUCCUGGUUCUUAAUUCAAUUUCACACCUCUCGGUGUUUCUGAAAAUAGAAGCAAUUUUAUGAAUGCACAGGAUCAAAAUGUAUGAAUCGUAUUUUAAUAACGCGAAACGAUUAUUUUGUUGUAAACGUUGCCGUUUAAAAAGGAAAAAAGCUGGCGAUUCAACGGAAAAGAUUGGUCGUUUAAAAGUCAAUAUUGAAACUUCUUUUUCUCGGAAGCAACGGAAUUUUCAAUCGAAUGAGUUUGAAUGGAUCUUGUCUUUGAGCGAUAGUCGUGUAUCGUUCUAUCGUAUAGUGGAUGGUGUUUGUAGCCAAAGUUAGUAGAAUAUUUAUCAGCAAUUUCGUACGACCAAAUAUACAAGAUUCGCGGAAGAUUAAACGGGCUAAUUUAGAGACACGCGCGACAGCAAAAAUGUUGCAUUUUAAAACUUUUCUGCCCCACCAGGAAGGAAAAGUGAAAAAAGAAAAAUAUCGACUGCGUGAAACUCACUCGUAUCUUGAGGCCAUACGCCGUUAAAUGCCAAUUAACUAAAGACUCUUAGAUUAGUUUUCAAACAAAUAUAUAUAUAUAUAUAUAUGUAUAUACAUAUAUAUGUAUAUAUAUAUUUAUCGACUACUGCGCGAUAUAUCAUAAUAUUAGUCCUCUUGUUAUGUAACCAAAGGUUGUUUAUACCUAUGGUCUAAAAAGCAACCUCCCUUCCUUCCCUGACAUAUAAAAAGCUUCGACGAAAAUGUAAUAAAAGUAUGCAGUAAGCGAUGUAAACUUGCCAGUUCGAGAAAAGUCUAAUUAUUAAUUAACGCAUUUAGAUGAAUGAAAAACAUAUAAUACCGGCUUUGUAGACCUAUCCCGUGUGUCUGUCAAAGAUUAGGAUAUGAACGUACAGUUUUAUAUCUUCGGAUAGAAUAUAAUCGCCGAAUAUAACACGGGAGUGUCUCCUAUUAAUUCUAUUUCUAAUAUAAUUCUUGAACGAGAUAAACCGCAAGUUGUGUAAAAAAGAUGAGAACAACAGGCGCGGGGAAAUUCACUUUUUGCCGAUGAAUUGAUUUGAACUGAACUUACGAUGGAUACACGGAAACUGAGCUACGUUAGCAACUGCAUAUUUUGUCAUAGAAAUUACAAAUAUUUUUACACGCGAAUAAUGUCGAAAGACAAGCAAGGCAAAAGUUCCACAAAGUACCGUAAACUUUCGUUGAAAGGUUGUACCGAAUUCGAAGGCAAAACGGGCUUUAUAAGUUUCAAAGGAAGGAAUUGCAUUGAGGAAUCAAAGUAUUACGAACACGUAUUAUUAACAAUUUUAACGUUUAUUACAAUACGCGCGAUUCAUUUUUCCGUUUAAUAAAUUGUAGUUACUUUCUUCCUCUGUGUAAAGUUUUCAUAUUGUAUGUAAUGUAUAAAACGUGCCAUUUAGGUUUAACCAGCAUCGCUCGCGUGUACUCUCUACGAGAACGUUUUAUUGCUUCUUUAGGCGUGUAUCAUUAAUCUCUUUGUUGAUAAACGUGUAACAUAUCCUUAGUAUCAUUCAAUCGGACAUAGGCCUAAAGUUAUUUCGAUUCGGUUAUAUAAUUUAUUAAGUAUUGAAUAAAAAAAAAAAAAAUUCACAACUAACUGCAAUUUAGUAUUGCUUUACGGGAAUCGCUUCUUCUAUUUUUAUUAAUGAUUCGAUCGGAAAAAUCUGUUCCAUUGUUUUCUCUGAUCAUGUAAUUUUUGCUAGUGUGACGAACAACUUUUUACAGAGGUGACUUUAUUAUUAUUCUUAAAUGAUACGGAUCAUCACUUUCACCGCUCGUUAUAUCCAUAUUUUCUGGCAAUUUUCAUCGGCGAGAAAUAAGAUGAAAACGAUCGUUACCACGCUAUUAGCGAACAAAAAUUGAUGUAUCGAAAAUCAACAGUAUCGUCUAGUGCUCUUGCUCUUCAGUUUAUAAACUCGUAGCUACUAUGCGUCACUACUGCCUACCAUGCUAAUCUUAUCGUUUUAGAAAAUCAUGGCCGAUAAUAUUUGGCUUUCACGGUGAAGGUGUUGAUCACGUUUAGUAUAUCGUUAUGUAUUCUAGGAACUAGAAUAUUUUGUAUUCGAUGUCAGCAUUUUUUGUAAUACAUGAACGUUAGCGUAUAAAUCAUGGAAGCGGACAUAAAAGGUGGAAAAUGUGUCGAAUCUCGUCUCAUACAUCUCCUCGUAUAUUUACCCAGCUUUACGUGGUAAUGAACCAUUCCAAAAUUUCACUCUCUCAGUGUAAUAAUCAUCAAAGACAUUUAAAUACUUUUUAACUGAUUGCAAAGAUGAUUAACGGCUUUG